AUGGCGAGUGAUGAGUCAGAGAACGAAGGCAAGGAGGUGUUGACCAGAGAUAAACCAGGCUAUCAAAAAUGGCUCGCAGAGCGUUCGUGCAGCAAAUAUUCACAUAUUGAGAGAAGAGGUGUGGUAGUUUAUUUGCUACACCCAGAAAAAGUGGAUUACAUGUUCGGGAAAAUCAUAAAGAUGUUACUUAUUGACUGUGAUUUGACUUACAUUUUGUUAACAGAAAAUGGAGAGAUAUAUCACUGGCUGAGCGGGAUUGAAUUGGCUGAACUGAAUUUAAUGUAUUAUUCUCAUCUAAUUGACCUGAGAUAUUCACGUGUUGUACAAAGUGUAGCUGGUGGCGGCAGUACUUUUAUCAUUUUAACUGACGAUCAAAAGGUAUUCUAUUUCCAAAACCAUCACUUUAAUGACUUGGCCUGGUUAAGACAGAUGCAUUUCCAGAUAAAGGUCGAUUCUAUUUGUUGUGGAUACAGUUUCUUCGUAGUGCUUACUGCAGACAACAAGAUAUACACUUGGGGAAAAAAUAAUUGUGGCCAAUUAGGUGUUUCUAGGAGCGAGGACAAAUUUAUAGAUGAACCACUUGAAGUUAAAAUAACAGAAGGCGUUAAAAUAAUAAAAGUAGCCUGUGGAUAUACACACGUACUCGCACUAUCUGAAGAAGGAAACAUUUUCGCCUGGGGUGGAAAUUCUUGUGGACAAUUAGGUUGUAAUAGGAAAAAUGACCUCCUUACUCCUGAGAUGGUUACGGCAAUAACGCCUAAGCCAAUGAAAAUGUUGGAUAUUGCUGCCAUGAAAAAUAUGAGUUGUGCCAUAAGCGAAGAAAAACUCAUUUACAUAUGGGGCAGCUGUUUCAGUAAACAAAUUCCGAAUCCUAUCACCUGUGAAUACAUGAAUCUAUUUGAUACAUGUAAUGCAUUGACUGCCAGACCGCGAACUACUGUGAAAUAUUUUCAACCAAAUGAGAGGUCUACAAUACUGCACGAUAUCGCAAAGAUGUUUAAUGAUCCUAAUAUCAGCGAUCUUGUAAUAAAAAUCGGAUGGCAAUCUAUUUAUGUCCAUAAGAAUAUCCUACAGUUUCGUAAUUCAUAUUUCAAAUCCAUAGACCAAUUUAUAAGCUCUGAAAAUGAUCAAGAUAUCAUCAGGUUUGAUCAAUUUUCCUAUGCCAUGUGUUACGCCUAUUUCAAAUAUUUAUAUACUGGCAAAAUUGAUGUAUCUCUGGAACAGAGAUUUGAUCUACUGAAACUAGCUGAUGAAUUGAAUGACAAUAGGUUCGAGGCAAGUUGCUACAAGGCGAUAAAGGAAGACAUAAUGGAUGAAACUGUAUUUUCUAUUUACAAUACAGCACAAAAGUAUGACAGCAAGACAGUAGAGAAAUUCUGUUUCGAAUACUUUCAAGAAAACAAGAAGAAUGUGAUGGAGACGCACAGUUUUAUGGAAUUGAAGGAAGAUAUUAAAAACAUUUUUAUAGCUCUACCGAACAAAUCUGAUGAACGUCAUCGUAACUUAUAG